GGUCAACUCCCCAAAUGACGUUCUUAGCUCCCAGUAUACUAGGGGGUGGCAGGGUACACUCGUUUCACGUUGCUGCUGAGGCGGUGUGACUUGGUAAACAAACCCAGAUAGGAGCAUAGCUAUGGCAAAACGGAGUGACAACUCCUGCUGUAUCUGUUUACAAAACUGAAGUAAAAGAAGGCACAGUACUAGUAGAGAUGUGUCCUAUGCUGUAACUGAAUGCAUACAGAUUUGCGGUCUGUAUUGUAAAAUGCAACGGGACGAUUUUAAAAACAAAAACAUAUUAUUUAUGAACAACAUAUUUUAAAUUGCAUAAGAGAGAGAGUAAAAAAAAACAAAAAAACAAAAAAACAAAAAAAAACAUUUAUCGUUGUAAAUUACCAGAAGACUUUACGUGAACUCGAGGAACACUACAGUCUGAUCACCGUUUGCACAGGCUGUACACCAAACUGGCUGAAUUGCAGAAAAAAAAGGUGUCAUUGUGCAACUAAAUCUAAUCGGUAUUUCAUUGCGGAGGUUUGCGUCUGCCACACACAAAUUUUUGUUCGCAUAUUUAUUGUGGACUGUAUGUACAUCUCUGUAGUAUUUAUUCUUUAUACCAGGAGAAGCACGUCGCUGAAAAAAAGAAGAUAAAUAUAUACAAUUUGAAGAUUCAUUUCGCCGACUGCACUGCUCUACACAUGGAAGGCAUCGGUAACACCAUGCAGAAGAAGGCUGCUGAGCUGGAGCGCAUGGCUGAGGUUCUGAUCACUGGGGAGCAGUUAAGACUCCGACUUCAUGAAGAAAAAGUGAUCAAGGAUCGUCGACACCAUCUCAGGACCUACCCCAACUGCUUUGUAGCUAAGGAACUGAUCGACUGGCUGAUCGAUCACAAGGAAGCUUCAGAUAGAGAAACUGCAAUCAAGCUUAUGCAAAAGUUAUUGGACCAGAGCAUCAUUCAUCAUGUUUGUGAUGAGCACAAGGAAUUCAAAGAUGUCAAACUUUUCUACCGCUUCAGGAAAGACGACGGGACCUUCCCAUUGGAUAAUGAGGCAAAGGUUUUCAUGAGAGGUCAAAGGUUAUUUGAAAAGCUGAUGAACACAGAAAACUCCCUGGUACAGACGAGAGAGGAGGAGUCCGUCCUGUUCGAGCGGACGCUGCUGGGCUGCGAAUUUGUGGAUUGGCUGAUCCAGGAGGGAGAGGCUUCCACCCGAGAGGAGGCGGAGCAACUCUGCCGGCGGCUGCUGGAGCAUGGCAUUAUCCAGCAUGUCUCCAAUAAGCACCACUUUGUGGACAGCAAUCUCCUGUACCAGUUCAGGAUGAAUUUCCGCCGAAGGAGACGGCUGCUGGAGCUGCUCAGUGAGAGAUGCCGAUCGAUCCCUGAGAGCCACGACAGCCCUUUCUGCCUGCGCAAACAGAACACGGACAGUGGAAACACCAGCUUUCUCUCAGUGAGCCCCACUAAGGAGAUCAAGAUCAUCUCUGCUGUGAGGAGAAGUAGCAUGAGCAGCAGCUGUGGUAGCAGCGGGUAUUACAGCAGCAGCCCUAUCCUGAGCAGCAGCCCUCCAGUGCUCUGCAAUCCCAAGUCUGUGUUGAAGAGACAAGUGAAUUCAGAACAGCUCCAGAGCCCUGGAGGCCCAUACAUGAAGAGAACUUUCACAAUUGUUGGUGAUGCUGUGGGCUGGGGGUUUGUGGUACGAGGCAGUAAACCAUGUCACAUCCAAGCAGUCGACCCCAGCGGUCCUGCGGCUGCUGCUGGAAUGAAGGUCUGUCAGUUUGUUGUUUCUGUGAACGGGCUAAAUGUUCUUCACUUGGACUAUCGGACAGUCAGCAACCUAAUUCUGACAGGCCCACGCACCAUUGUCAUGGAAGUCAUGGAGGAAAUUGACUGCUGAAACAGGAAGCAAUGGAGUUGCACCCUACCUACCAGGACAUAUCUGAAGAACCAAAGAAACACAGACAAAUAAAGUAAACAUCUCCUCAAGCAGCUCACACUUCCAAGUUGUAUUUUUCACACAGCUUUCAACAUGAUGAUUGUAUGUAUACUGUAUUUAAGGUCUACCAUACAGUUUGCCUUCUGUAUAGCACAGAUAAGGGAGCCAGGCUUUGUGUGAUGCAUUGAAGGGCAGGUAAUGAAUAGGACAUCUCAAAUGAAGAUUUAACCAUUUAUCAGAGUCUUGAACAUUUCUGUUUCUUGUCAGGUUAGAAAAAUUUAAACAAGAUGCCAUUUUGACCGCUCUGUAGAGCUAUGGGCAAAGACAGUUACAGCUCCCUUCUGAUACAGGAACAUAAAUAACUGCUGUUACUUUAAAAAGGAAGCAGUUGGCCGUUUUAUUUUUUUUAUUUUUGCACCAUUAUGGAAGGGGUUAAUGUGCUGGGAGUUGAUGUGCAACAGCCUUAUACUGUAGCGUUGAUAGUACUUUUAAACAGAGCCUUUUAAAUGACUGUGCAAUCUAUAUACAAAUACAUAAAAAAAGCACUUGCUAUCCCUUGAAACUGUUUUUAAGUAAAAGUUGAUAUUGAUUUCCUUGGUCCUACUGUGUAAUCAAUAUUUUCUUUCACAAUCACAAAAAGCACUUAUGUAUGUUAACUUAAUAUCAAAAUCAUAAACAAUAACAAACGAUAUAUGAACCUCUAAAAAUAUGACAAACAGAAGAAGCAAUGGACAUAAUAUAAAAGGAGAGAAUGUUUGUGUGUAACUUUCACUUACAAAAAUUGUAAACAAAAUGUAAUUUAUAUUACAGAUGAGCGAAAAUAGCUGUGAUUGAAAGGAGGGAACUUCGUGCAUAUUUGUUCACUGGAACAGAUUAAUUUGUUGGUGGUGCUUAAGAAGUACAUUACUGCUAAUUUGUUUAGUGGGCAGACUUGGGUAUUUCAUAUUCUGAUAACUGAGCCCCUCCUUUAUUCGCUGCAAAUUUCACUUUACUUAAAUGAGAUGAAGAAGAACAUAGUGUUCUUUUACUAUAAUACUUUAAUUUUACAUGAGGCAUUUUUGAUUAAAAAAAGAAAAUAUUUGGACACUCAGGCUGAUGAAAAUUCAGUACUGUGAGUGCUAUGUUGUAGUUCAUAACGUCGUUGGUUUAUGCCCAGAUCUGACCCAGAUUCUAAAUUGAUUUGGAAUUGCUGAAUACAGCGCCUAGUUAUGCUUGAUUAUUCUUACUUACACUGCUGGUUUCACAGACCUGGUUAUCACCAAUCUUGGACUGCCCUACCUAAGAUAACUUUAGGUACACGAUUAGAUCUAAUCUGGUUCUUGUAUAAUGAGCUGACAGAGUCACAGCUUUGUUUUAACUUUCAGCUUUUGUUUAUCUUUUUUUUUAAAGCACUUGCAAAAUGGAUUAUAGCGUAUUAUUUUAAUAUCCAAAGUUAUAAUUUAUCUAAUCUUUAAAUGAAGUUUGUGUAGGUCAAAGACAAUUUAGUAGAUUGAAGAGCAGCGUGCAUAUUUUUUAAUGUCCUGUUAUGGAGACAAGCUAAAAAUUCUACAAGCCACAGUUCAUUGAGGUACUGCUAAUUGUAAUUUAAGACUCUGUAGUUUAGUGGAUGUUCAGAAGUUGGUCUCAUAAAGACUGUAUAUAAAAACAUUUAUAAUGCAAAGCGCUUGACUGUUUUGAGUAUGGAGCAAUGAGUAAAAAAAACUUGGUCUGAUUUUGUUGCCUUUUUUUUUGUAAUGUGGAAUGGUACAUCUAAAUAAAGAUAUUUCCUCUCUGACACUGUCUGUGUAACUCAGGCACUUGCCUUUCUGUCUCUAGGAGGCGUUUAUAUUUAAGAUAAGUAAAAAGGAGAGACCCUGAGAAUUUGACUGUAAGAUGAGUAUCACUUUUCUGAGGCUUUUCCACUUCGUUGCUGUCCGCAAAAAGGACUUAAGAACAUAAGAAAGUUUACAAACGAGAGGAGGCCAUUUGGCCUAUCUUGCUCUUUCGGUUGUUAGUAGCUUUUUGAUCCCAGAAUCUCAUCUAGGCCCAGCGCUAUGGGCAGGCCUUAGGGGGCCUGUGUGUGUGUUUAUUGCAAUCUCUGUAGAGGGCCUGCUCACUGUAUAAUUGUAUUUGUUUCAAGUAUUGUUGCUGAGACACCACGUUGUUGCUAAUGCUGUAAUAAUAAUAAUUUAAAAGAAAAAAAAAAACUUUUCUGGAAAGAGCUGUGGUAAUUCAUGCUGUGUGGAUAGUUCAUAAUAUUGCACUGUCAUAUGAUUUAUUUAUUUCUUUGUUUAUUGUCAUCACAGUGGAGUAAAACAGUAGAGAAUACGAGCUAACUGAUUUGUCGUUUCCAAAAUGAGCCCACCCUAAAUAAGUGGAUGUCCCCCCACAUCGCUCAUGCUGCCCCCGGGCCUGAUCUCAUCAAACAGCUUCUUGAGGGAUUCCAGAAUGUCAGCUUCAACAACAUUACUGCGGAGUUGGUUCCAGACUCCCACAAUUCUCUGCGUAAAAAAGUGCCUCCUAUUUUCUGUUCUGAAUGCCCCUUUAUCUAAUCUCCAUUUGUGACCCCUGGUCCUUGCUUCUUUUUUCAGGUUGAAAAAGUCCCUUGGGUUGACAUUAUCAAUACCUUUUAGAAUUUUGAAUGCUUGAAUCAGAGCACCACGUAGUCUUCUUUGUUCAAGACUGAAUAGAUUCAAUUAUUUUAGCCUGUCUGCAUAUGACAUGCCUUUUAAACCCAGAAUAAUUCUAGUCACUCUUCUUUGCACUCUUUCUAAAGCAGCAAUAUCCUUUUUGUAGCAAGGUGACCAGAACUGAACACAAUAUUCUAGAUGAGGUCUUCCUAAUGCAUUGUUAAGUUUUAACAUUACUUCCCUUGAUUUAAAUUCAACACUUUUCAUUAUAUAUCUGAGCAUUUUGUUGGCCUUUUUAUAGCUUCCCCAUAUUGUCUAUAUGAUGACAUAAACUCCUAGAUCUUUUUCAUAGAUUCCUUCUUCAAUUUCAGUAUCUCCCAUAUGGUAUUUAUAAUACACAUUUUUAUUGCCUGCGUGCAGUACCUUACACUUUUCUGUAUUAAAUGUCAUUUGCCAUGUGUCUGCCCAGUUCUGAAUGCUGUCUUGAUCAUUUUAAAUGACCGUUGCCACUCCUCAUAUUUUUGUGUCGUCUGCAAAUUUAACAAGUUUGCUUACUAUACCAGAAUUUACGUCAUUAAUAUAGAUUAGGAAGAGCAGAGGACCUAAUACUGAUCCCUGGGUUACUCCACUGGUUACCUUGCUGCAUUUUGAGGUUUCUCCUCUAAUCAGUACUUUCUGUUUUCUACAUGUUAACCACUCCCUAAUCUAUGUGCAUGUAUUUCCUUGAAUCCCUACUGCGUUCAGUUUGAGAAUUCAUCUUUUAUGCAGGACUUUGUCAAAAGCUUUCUGGAAAUCUAAAUAAACCAUGUCAUAUGCUUUGCAAUUAUCGAUCGAUACCACCUCUUCUAUUUAAUUUUGAUGUUUCACUAUUUUCAGUUUUUGUGUAACAUUGAUGCACCAUUACAUUCAUCCUUGUAAAAUACAGCAUCUGCGAGGUCUUUCUACGUGUAUGUUAUGUGUAUUUUAAUAAAAUAUGUAUGUCUCUUUGUUGAGAUAGGAGAGGAUUGUGUCUAAACUGCUUAUAAUAAGGGUGCUGGAAUUUUCAAGUUCACUGUUAAAAUAACAAAACAAGAUUUUUCUCAGUAGCAUAUUUUGUUUGGAUCAGUAAUUUAAUCAACAUGGUAUUUUUGUUUAACGAUAAUAUUAAAACGGUGUAAGUGGUAUUGUUGAGGUUUAAUUAUAAGAGCUACCUACCGUUCUGUAAUGAACUAUGAAAUGUACGUUUGUAAACCAAGAGUUCAAAAUAGACUUUUCUGUCAGACAAACUAGAAAAAAGGAUGGGUCCUUUUAAAUAUAACCUUCUGCUAAAUGUAAGUGUUUGACAGAGUCAAGUAUUGAAAUUUCAUUAAUUACUUUAUUUGGAACUUAUGCACCGAAAAAUAACAACAGAUAAGUGUCUCUUAGCAAACCCUGCGUAUCAUUGGAAUAUAAAUUUGGGCUUUUUAUUUUUCUUAAAUGUUUACAGUAGGAAUAGUUAAGCUAUAUCUAUCUAGCCAUAUAUAUAUAUAUAUAUAUAUAUAUAUAUAUAUAUAUAUAUAUAUAUAUAUAUAAUAUGUGUAUGGACACUAUAUUUCUAAUAAAAAAAAAUGCAAGGAGGUGCAGAAUAAGCUACAGCUGAUUGUUUUUUAAACUUGCAAAACAAAAGGAUUACUGUUAUGUCCAAUAUUUUGCUUACAAAAGCAAGUGCUGGUCAUGUUAAUUAAAAACAUGUGCUAUUACUUUGUGAAAGUGUUAACAUUAUUGUAUUAUACAGUAUAUCACAUGUGUGUAAUGCGUUGUGUUAUGCAAGUCGUCCAUUUAUGUCCUAAUUGAUUUCCUAUAAUCAUAUAUUGUAUUCACUGAAGAUUGUAUUACAAUAAAUGUCUAUGCUAUAAAAGUAA